GUUUUCCACAAACCCUUUCAUUCAGUGUGUUGCAUACUGCUAAGAAAGUUUUAGGGUGCGGCCCCAAUUUCCCACCCAAAUACGUUUAUUUUGUUUGAUUUUUCUUUCGAUUUUUCAGUCAAGUGAAAAACUCAAGAAUCACUUCCAGCCAUGCCCACCAACGUGAACUUCUCAGGUGUUUCCAAUUGCUAUGUUUUCAAGAGCCAAUUGCAGGAAUUUGCGCAAAAAGCGGGCCUUCCUACACCUGUAUAUGAGACUAUCAAGGAAGGCCCUUCCCAUGAACCGUCGUUUAGCUCAACUGUGACAGUAAAUAAUGUUAGAUAUGAUUCUUUGCCCGGAUUUUUUAAUCGCAAGGCAGCAGAGCAUUCAGCUGCUGAAGUUGCUCUCAGGGAGUUGUGCAAGGCUGGUGAAAUCAAUGAAAGCAUCUCUCAACCUGUUCACGAGACAGGUUUGUGCAAAAAUCUACUACAGGAGUAUGCGCAAAAGAUGAAUUAUGCAAUGCCCGUAUAUCAGUGCCAGAAGGAUGAAUCAGCGGGGCGAUUGCCUCAUUAUUCAUGUACUGUUGAGAUUGGAGGCAUUCGGUAUAUUGGAGCUGCAGCAAAAACCAAAAAAGAAGCAGAGAUCAAAGCUGCCAGAAUUGCUUUACUGGCUAUUCAGUCGACUACAUCGGAAUCAUCUAAUCAGGCAUUCAACAACUCUCAGUUAAUGGUUAUUCCUUGCAGAAAGAGGGCAACAGAGACGGCUAGUAAUCCUGAUGAGACUUUGAAAGUUCUUAAGGCCAAGAAAGCCCGGUACAAGAAGAAAAUGUUUAAAAGAAAACACUAUGGGAAAAAUGAUGGACCUUCUCAAGACAAAACAACUGGAACUUCGGCCAUUGGCUCGAAUGAUCUGCUAAAACCAGAAUCAGUUCAUACUGAUUCUUUUGCCAUACUGAGUUCGGAAACACUAGGUACAGAAGUUAGGGGGAGUUCCCAAGAUAUAGAGAUAGAGAGUGACUCAUGCAAGCGAGAUAUGCCUUCUGCAGAUGUUGCAUUGGCUCACCAGGUUGCUGAUAAUUCUAAAAAUGGGCUUUUAACAGCUGUGAAUUCUGUUUACGGCAAUCAUGAGGCUCCAUACAUGGAACAUAAACAUUCUAUUGUUUAUGAUGAUCCAACUGAUUUGGUUAAAUUGACUGACCGCAACAAGAUAGCUUCAAUGGAUGACCCCUCUCUGGGUCAGAAAAACCAGGCAGUAGAAAGGAUCCAUGCAAAUGCAGGCCAAGGGUAGGUUCAAGAAAAAGUAGAUGGUAGCUCAAUCGUCCGGAUUUGAUUUUGCGGUUAGAGAAAACAUGGAAGGGAAGGAAUAGGUAUGUGCUUCUUUACAGACAUGUGAAUUUUGCACAAUUAGCAAAUUGGAGUGAACUGUUUUGUGCAUCAGCGUUUAUCUUCACUAUUAUAAUAACUUAUUGGAAAUUAGGGAAAUUGUAGCUGGGUUCAGAUAUGAGUGCUGUUAUUGUGGGUUUUGAACAUUUUGAAGAAUGAAAAGCAGUUUCAUUUUGUU